UGACGUCAGAGGACAAUGGCGGCGGCGGCGCUGGAGCCCUGGCGGGCCGCGGCUCCGCGGAGAAGGCGCUCAGCGGCUCGGCGUCCGCGGACGAGGCCGGCGGCGGCGGCGGCCGGGGACCCGGAGGCGGAUCCCGAGGUGGACGACGGAGUCGUGCUUCGUCGCGUUCGGGAGGCCAGGGAAGACCUGCGCGUUUCUGACUUCUGGAGCUCAGCGCUAGAAACCAUCAACACAUGUCUUAAGAAACAUCUUGAACAACUGGAUGCCCCUGUGGGGGCUCUUUCGGAAGCCAUUGGAAGCCUGCACCUAGACUCCUCACCAGAUGACUCGGGGGUGGCUCCGGGCUCCAUCCCGGGAGAGACCCUGGUCCCGGGGACCGGAGGGUGGAAGUGUGUGUGCUACGGCGUCGGGAACUUUGCCACCUGCGCCAUCGCUAGAAGCCAGCUCGCGUUCUUGCUUCUCUUCCUGGAAAAGUGCCAGAUUCCCAGAAGCCACUGCUGGGUGUAUGACCCUCUGUUUAGCCAACUGGAAAUUGCAGUCCUUACCACCCUGGGGGUGACUGUCCUCGGUGAGAACGAGGAAGGGAAGCGGAGUGUGCGCGGCCAGCCCACCGUCUUUUACAUGCUGCACUGCGGGACGGCCCUGUACAACAACCUCCUGUGGAGCAACUGGUCAGCGGAUGCCCUUUCCAAGAUGGUCAUCAUCGGGAACAGCUUCCGAGGCCUGGAGGAAAGGUUGUUGACAAAGAUUCUGCAGAAAAACUAUGCCUAUGUUGCAAAGGUUUUAGAAGGACUGGAGGAGCAGGCGUUUCCCCAGACGGCACAGUACUCGGACGGGUUUAAUGACACCUCUGUGCACUGGUUCCCAGUCCAGAAGCUAAAAGCAGCUCCCCACGACACGUGGGGCAUCCGGGAAGAGCCGGAUUACCGGGACUGCGAGGACCUCGAGAUCAUCAGGAACCAGGCAUGAAGACGAUGUUGUGCUCCUCGGCCUUGGUCUCAAUGAGGUCCUUAAAGUUCAUGGGCACGGAGCUGGCGGCCACGCCGAUGCCCCUCUGGGCCAUGUUCUCGGCCUCCCGCCGCUCCUGCAUGGCCUCGUACUGGAAGUCCUUCCUCCGCUCCGUGUGGGUGAG